GAGAGCCGGAGAGAGCGGGAGCAAAGAGCGAGAGCCGGGGAGAGGAGAGGGAGGGAGAGGAGAGAGAAAGACACACGUACGCAGAGACACACGGUCGCUGGAAUUCCAUUAGAAAAGUGACACGAGCAAGGGUUAGCGGGAGAAGAUUUUUUUGAAUCUUUCCUUCGUCUUGUGCGAAAGAAGCGACUCCGGUCUCUGGUCCUCGAAGCUCCCAAUGGAUUGUUCCUAGGCGCUUACACCCGUCGGUGGAUUUCUUUCCUAUUUGCGUUUUAUUCUGACCCCCACCCUCGCCGCUUCCUUCCAGCCCUUCACUCUCAGGUCGCCUCUCCCCACCGCCCCAGACCCCUCCCGGGAAGCGCAGGAGAAUCGGACCCGCGGGGACUCGCGCCUUCCCGGACGAGCCGAGGGGAGGGCAGACCUGAGGACCGGCUGUCGGCUUGGAAAGCAGAUAUACACAUAGAUACGUGUAUAUUUGAUUUUAGUGGGCAAGGGGGGCGUUGAGAGGCGGCCCGCCGCCCUCCAUCCCUCCAUCCCCUCCAGCCAGUGGCGAGAAUCGGAGGACUCAGGAUCUUCAUCGGGUGGACUAGCAGGGAUCGCCGCAUUGGAUUUGGGGCUGAUUAACACAGCUUGGCUAUUAUUAUUGUUGUUAUUUUUUUAAUCCAAGGGAGAAAGACAGACAAACUGUGGGAUUUAUUUAACAUGAUCUUGGCAAACGCCUUCUGCCUCUUCUUCUUUUUAGACGAGACCCUCCGCUCUUUGGCCAGCCCUUCCUCCCUGCAGGGCCCCGAGCUCCACGGCUGGCGCCCCCCGGUGGACUGUGUCCGGGCCAAUGAGCUGUGCGCGGCCGAAUCCAACUGCAGCUCCCGCUACCGCACGCUGCGGCAGUGCCUGGCCGGCCGGGACCGCAACACCAUGCUGGCCAACAAGGAGUGCCAGGCAGCCCUGGAGGUGCUGCAGGAGAGCCCGCUCUACGACUGCCGCUGCAAGCGGGGCAUGAAGAAGGAGCUGCAGUGCUUGCAGAUAUACUGGAGCAUCCACCUGGGGCUGACCGAGGGCGAGGAGUUUUACGAGGCCUCCCCCUACGAGCCGGUGACCGCCCGCCUCUCGGACAUCUUCAGGCUUGCUUCUAUCUUCUCAGGGACAGGGGCAGACCCGGCGGUCAGUGCCAAGAGCAACCAUUGCCUGGACGCUGCCAAGGCCUGCAACCUGAACGACAACUGCAAGAAGCUGCGCUCCUCCUACAUCUCCAUCUGCAACCGCCAGAUCUCGCCCACCGAGCGCUGCAACCGCCGCAAGUGCCACAAGGCCCUGCGCCAGUUCUUCGACCGCGUGCCUGGCGAGUACACCUACCGAAUGCUCUUCUGCUCCUGCCAGGACCAGGCCUGUGCUGAGCGCCGCCGCCAGACCAUCCUGCCCAGCUGCUCCUACGAGGACAAGGAGAAGCCCAACUGCCUGGACCUCCGCACCCUGUGCCGGAUAGACCACCUGUGCAGGUCCCGGCUGGCGGACUUCCAUGCCAACUGUCGUGCCUCCUACCAGACGCUCACCAGCUGCCCCACUGACAAUUACCAGGCGUGUCUGGGCUCCUAUGCUGGCAUGAUUGGGUUCGAUAUAACACCCAACUACGUGGACUCCAGCCCCGCUGGCCUCGUGGUGUCCCCCUGGUGCAGUUGUCGUGGGAGCGGAAACCAGGAGGAGGAGUGUGAGAAGUUUCUGAGGGACUUCACCGAGAACCCGUGCCUGCGGAACGCCAUCCAGGCCUUUGGCAAUGGCACAGAUGUGAACCUGUCCCCGAAAAACCCCUCAUUCCAGGCCACGCAGGCCCCUCGAGUAGAGAAGACACCUUCUUUGCCAGAUGACCUCAGUGAUAGCACCAGCCUGGGCACCAGCGUCAUCACCACCUGCACAUCUGUCCAGGAACAGGGGUUGAAGACCAAUAGCUCCAAAGAAUUAAGCAUGUGCUUCACAGAGCUCACGACCAAUAUCAUCCCAGGGAGUAACAAGGUGAUCAGACCUAACUCAGGCCCCCGCAGAGCCAGACCGUCGGCUGCCUUGACCGCUGUCUCCUUCCUGAUGCUGAAGCUGGCCUUGUAGGCUCUGGGAACCGCGUCAGGAGAUUUCUGAAAGCUACACAGAUGAGGACACCCGCCUGACAAAAUGGAAACACAUACAGGCACACACACACACCUUGCAAAAAAAAAAAAAAAAAAGUUUUUCCCACCUUGUCUCUGAACCUGUCUCCUCCCAGGUUUCUUUGGAGAAGUUUUUCUAAACCAAACAGACAAAGCAGGCGGGCAGCCUGAGAGCAGGCUCAGAGGUCCCCUGGCAAGGGAAGGCCCACCUCCUGCCGAGGAGGGCACAGGAAGGGAUAGAGAUGCCCUUCAUUUUCUCCUGGUAUUUACCUCUCUGGACCCUGCUGACGUGAGAGAUGCAGAAGACACCCCCGAUGCCCAAGGGACCUGUGGCUGUGCCUGACGCAGGCAGGGCCAGGAUGGCUGCUCUUCUCAAGCUACUGACUCUGGGGACCUGCAAGGGGGGGGGGCGUGGAGCAGCAGAGCAGUGAGGCCGGCCCCUGGGGGGUCCAGCUGGGCACCUUCAGCGCCUCCCCUUGGCUUCAAGGAUGGAGUUCAUUUCACCUCCCUUCUCUGCGGGCUGGGUGGGUCUGCAUCUAUAUGGAGGGGUGUGGCACUGAGUCCCCUUGUCCCCCAUUGUAGCACAGGGGUCAGGGGUGGGCCAGCUCCAGGGGAUGCUGAGAGCGGGUGAUCCUAUUGAGAGUUGGGAGCAAAACUUGGGCACCACCUCAAGGCUGCUUCUUCCUCCUUGGUGACAAGAGGUUUGAAAUCAAAGAGAAAUGACUCUGUGUCAGCUCCCUUGGUUUCUCGUGGGUCCCUUUGGUGGGUCUCCUUGUGGGGGGAGGGCCUGGUGCCAAGAGGGGCAGAAAAGAUCACCGUGGGCCACCUUCCUGCCCCACGCUCCCUCUAAGCCUUUACUCCCUGCCUCUUUCUCUCCCACCUUCUCUUUCCUCAUUUCUGAGACGUCCACCCACUGUAUGUACAUAACACGGCUCCUUUCUCAACAUAUAUGUAUAUACACAUCUGUAUACAUAUAUUGUGUGGUUCCCCCACCUUUCCUUUUUUUAAGAAACAAAACUAUCAAAAUAAUACCCUAACAGAUGAGCGAAAAUGUAUUGUAAAGUUUAUUUUUUUUAAUAAUGUUGUCUAUAACGGGAAGGAAAGGAGGUUGACCCCCUCGUGUCCCUGCCCCCGUCGGGCCGACCUGGGGGCUAAAGGGGGCUCCUGAUCCGCAUCACGCUUAGCCAAGGCUCCAAUAAACGUCCUAGGAAGCUGUCA